AACGCAUAUAUAGUAUAAUUCAAUUAUCCGUCCACGAAUCUUGGAUUCCAGCGCUGCCUCCUGCACUGCACUGCAAGUAGACUAGAGCAGAUGCCGUACGUCAGUGCUUGAUAGCCUAAGAAAAACGGUGGUAAUUGGCGUGCUUAAUUUUUAAUUUUGGUUUCCCGUACGUGUGAGUGUGUGUACAUGCACCUGCGAAUCGACGAGGAAGCAGCAGCAGGGGCAGAGCAGGAGGAAAUGGAGGAGGAGGACGUGAAGGGCGGCAUCGCGAGGAGCGCCAUGGCGGCGUCGUACAACGACCAGAUCCGGCCGCUGCUGGACGCCGUGGACCGGCUGCGGCAGCUGAACGUGAGCCAGGAGGGCAUACAGCUCCCGACCAUCGUGGUGGUCGGGGACCAGUCGAGCGGCAAGUCCAGCGUGCUGGAGUCGCUGGCCGGCAUCAGCCUCCCGCGCGGGCAGGGCAUCUGCACCCGCGUGCCCCUGGUGAUGCGGCUGCAGGACGCCGGCGACGACGACGAGCCUGCGCUGCGGCUCGAGUACAGCGGCGGCCGCGUGGUGGCUACCUCCGAGGCCGAGGUCGCCGACGCCAUCAACGCCGCCACCGCCGAGAUCGCCGGGUGCGGCAAGGGCAUCUCCAACGCGCCCAUCACCCUGGUGGUGCGCAAGAAGGGCGUGCCCGACCUCACCCUCGUCGACCUGCCGGGCAUCACCCGCGUGCCCGUGAAGGGGCAGCCGGAAGACAUCUACGACCAGAUCGCUGGCAUCAUCAAGGCGUACAUCGCGCCCAGGGAGAGCAUCAUCCUCAACGUGCUCUCCGCCACCGUCGACUUCCCGACGUGCGAGUCCAUCCGCAUGUCGCAGCAGGUGGACCGCACCGGCAACCGCACGCUGGCCGUCGUCACCAAGUCCGACAAGGCCCCCGAGGGCCUGCUCGAGAAGGUCACCGUGGACGACGUGCGCAUCGGCCUGGGCUACGUCUGCGUCCGGAACCGCAUCGGCGACGAGACUUACAAGGAGGCCCGGGAGGCGGAGGCGCGGCUGUUCGCGGAGCACCCUCUGCUCUCCAGGAUCGACAAGUCCAUGGUGGGCGUCCCGACGCUGGCGCGGAGGCUGACGCAGAUCCAGGCGAGAAUCAUCGCCCGGUCCCUCCCCGACAUCGUCAAGCAGAUCAACGACAAGCUCAGCCGCAGCAGCGACGAGCUCGGCCAGAUGCCGCCGGAGCUCUGCACCGUGGCAGACGCGGUGAGGGAAUUCUUCCACAUCGUCAAUCAGAUGCGCGCGUCGCUGGAGAAGGUGCUCGUCAGGGGAGAGUUCGACGAGUACCCCAACGACCGCCACCACCACGGCACGGCGCGCCUCGCCAAGAUGCUCGAGGGCUUCGCGCGCAGGCUGCCGGCGGCGGCCGCGACCGACGGCGAGCCGUUCCUGGUGGAGGAGAUGCGGGUGCUCAAGGAGACCAAGGGCAUCAACCUCCCCAACUUCAUGCCGAGGUCGGCGCUCCACGUUCUGCUCAACCGGAAGGUGAAGAGCAUCGCGCAAGUCCCGCACGAUCUCGUCAGGCAGGUGUGGGACUACGUGGAGGACCUGGUGCUCAAGGAGCUGCAGCGCCACUCGCGCAGCUACCCGCAGGUGCAGCCGUCGUGCCGCCCCGCCGUGCAGAGCCUCAUGGACAAGGCGCGAGAGCGGUCGGCGCGGUACGUGAACGAGCUCAUCGACAUGGAGAUGGUGGCCAACUACACGGCGAACCCCGAGUACAUCAAGACCUGGACCAGCAUGAUGGAUGGCCAGAGCAGGCUCCGCGAGGCCCUGGAGGACCGCUCCAAGCCAGUGGCGAAGCUUCGCUCCUUCUCCAAGCCCACGGCGGUCGCCCUCCCGGGGUUCGGAGAGACCGACGUGUCGCACCUCCACCAGCUGCCGCCGGAGCAGGUGGAGCUCGCCAUGCAGGCCUUCGACCUCAAGGCGCGACUCGCCGCGUACUGGAACAGCGUCGUGCUCCGCGUCAUCGACGGCUUGGCCCUGCACGUCCUCUACAGCAUCAAGCGCCUCGCUGAGAAGGAUCUCGAGGAUGAGCUCGCUGCUCAGGUCAUGGGCAAUAACAUGGACGGAGUGGAGCGGAUGCUGGUGCCCACACCCGCCGCCGCCGCCAAGCGUGACUGUCUCAAGAAAAGCAUCAAACUGCUCCGGGAAUCCAGGGAAGUCGUCGCCAAUAUCAUGGACAGAUUAACGCGGCAAGCACCGACCAUGUCUGAUAACUACUACUCCACCUAGUACUCCACUUCGCGUGUAGCUGCCACGCAUAAUAAUACUCUCCAUGAGACAUUCCCUCCCUCGUUGGUUACAUGUUAUUCAAAUAGCUAUAAAAAAAAUUUAAAAGGAUAUCAGCGUAGCCACUAGCUACCUAGCUUUCCUUCCAUCCAUCACCACUCGCGCGUCUUGCGUGUAAUUUUCAGAUUGUUAUCAGUGUCCUAGAUAUGGGAUAUCCUAUACAUGUGUACUUAGCUCGGCGGGGACCACCAUAUACCAAAUCCUGUACGGAAUCAAACCUCAUACGUAUGGCAAAACUCUUAAGUAGAUAAGAGAGGAGUCUCAAAUAAAGAGAAACAUAGUCCUAUUUGGGCCUAA